ACAAAGUGUGAAACUUCUCAUCCCCACACAAAUAAUCCCUCUUUAACUCUUUUUUGUCUUCCAUUCCUUCAAUGAUCCUAUAAACCAUUCAUAAAUCCAAAACUAAAGACAACAAGAAUCAUCAAUGGAGGAGAGUGCAAAGCACUUUGUUUUGGUUCAUGGAAUUUGCCACGGAGCAUGGUGCUGGUACAAGCUAGCCACUCUGCUCCGGGCGGCGGGCCACCGUGUCACCGCCCUCGACCUGGGUGGUUGUGGGGUGGACCCAAGAAGGCUCGAUGAGAUGGCUUCGAUCUCCGACUACUUGCAGCCCUUGAUGGAGUUUAUGGCCUCUUUGCCUGAUCGUGAUGAUGAGAAGGUGGUUUUGGUGGGGCACAGCUAUGGUGGGCUUGGCAUUUCUCUGGCUAUGGAGAGGUUCCCUGAGAAGAUCUCGGUUGGUGUUUUCAUCACAGCCUACAUGCCCAACUGUCAACACCCUCCUGCUACUCUCAUACAAGAAUUCUUUAAGAGGAGCUCAUUACACUCUACUAAGGAUUGCCGAUUUACAUUCGAUCAAGGCCCAGAAAAUCCACCGACAUCAGUAAUCUUUGGUCCAGAGUACAUGGCCACCAAUGUCUAUCAACAUUGCCAAGCAGAGGACCUGGAAUUAGCGAAGGCGUUAGUAAGGCCCAACAGGAUGUUCUUCGAUGACGUGGCCAAGGAAUCGCUUCUAACAGAAGCAAGAUACGGGUCGGUGAGUCGGGUUUACAUAGUGUGCGAAGAAGACCAACUUAUGAAACUCGAAUUCCAGAAAUGGAUUAUUCAGAACAGCCCACCUGAUGAAGUCAAGUCCAUUGCAAAUGCUGACCACAUGAUCAUCCUAUCACAACCCCAGGAGCUUUUCCUCUAUUUGCAGGAGAUUUCUCAGAAAUAUCAUUGAUUUUACUUGAGUGUCUUUUAAUAGAUUAACCUCUAUUUGGUAAUCUCUAAAUAAACAGUUUUUUUUUUUUAAAUUAAAAUAGUCAAAAGUUAAAAAGUCUA